AUGGCGGUUGUUACGUUGGUUAACUACCAUAAACCUCUGGCUAUAACUGUCCAAUCCCAAUCGCAAAACCCUAGCUUCAAUUCCCGCAGAAUUAACCCCAAUCAAUUCCAUGCCUGGAGGGCUCGCCGUCGCCCCAUAAUCAAUGGACUGAAUGGAGACACAGAAUCCGACCCGGACAAUCCACAAGAUAAGGAAGUGGACAAUUUGGGAGUUAAAGCUGCAUUAUGUGUGCUCAAAUUCUACAAAAGGGAAAUCUCACCUCUGUUGCUGAAUAGUUGCCGGUAUGUCCCAACCUGCAGUGAGUACUCAAUGCAAGCUUACAAGAAAUAUGGAUUUGCAAAAGGUUCAGUCUUGACAGCUUGGCGAAUCUGUCGUUGUAAUCCCCUUGGUGGCACUGGAUAUGAUCCUCCUCAAUGGUUCGACGAGACAAGUUUGCCUGAAGAAGAAUAG